AUGGCCGACGGGCAUAGGGCACUUUUACUUCCGCUUUACUAUGAAGCGCUUUCUAUCGAAGACAUUGACACCGUGAAAACGCGCGCGUCUGCCUUGGAAGAGCCGUCGGAGUCAAGGGAGUCGUAUGCUGAAACGCUGGAACGCAUUUUGCGUGUUAUCGUGGCACUUGACGGCGUUGACUCGGCAAAGAGUGUUACCCCUGGUGCAGUCUUCCCCGGCGCCGUUCUCUGGCCACGAAUCAUUGCAUGGGUCGACUUCCUUGACGAAUUCCACGAGCAGCUCCAACCCAUCCUCAAAAACUCUGUGGCUCUCGGACUUCUGCCAUACGAAAUCUACCUGAACGCCUUGGUGGCUGCUCUCAUCGAUAACCGUGACCCUUCCCUCUCAAAACCUUACCCGGAUGAUGUGGCAGAUCGUCUCCUGUACCUCGUUGGGCGCUCAUGGCCCCAUAUUCUGCAAGGGGCACAUGUCGAGCACUCGAAUUCCCUUCAUACACAUGUUGCUCGUCCAACAAGCCGAACUAGACAAGCGCUGAGGGCCAUCACGUUCAUUAUGGAGGAGGUUGCCCGGCACAGGCCGGAGGCGUUCAUGGCUCCUCUGCUCGCUGGCGUCGGUGGAUUGUGGGAUCGUUUGGCGAGGGUCAUCGUGCAGCAGUUCCAAUACUGCCUCAAGGGUCACAAUCCAGAAAAACCCUUCGACACAUGGCAGCUUAUGUCCAUUGCGGGGCUCCACCCCCCUCUCGAUCGCGCCGCAUCGGAAUCCGGCGCUCCCGCUCUCCGCCACGCUCUCGCGCGUGCGGGUGUCAUUCCUUGUCUCGUCACCAUAAACCGCAUCCUCGCAAGACAGACAUUGCCUGACAGUUUGAAAACGAUCCCUCGUGAUUUUCUGAGGCUAUCUGCGCAGAUGUUGAGGGUGCAAAAUGCGCAGAAGUACAUGGUACAAGCGCUCAAAGCCGGAUACCUCUCGCUUCUGUUCUCCUACAGUCACGGCCCGAAUGUAGGUGCAUUCACUCGAGAAAACCAAACACAAACACACGCUCGCGUUAUCGCUAACAUUAUGCCCCUCACAUACUACCCCUCGGUACUUCGCCAACUGCAGGUGUCGCUUGGGGAGGUCAAAAACCUCGAUUCUCGUGUCUAUUUGCAACCCUUUGCCGCUGUAGAACAAUGGGAAGAAUUGCUUGAGAAGACACAUCGACAUUCUCUAGCAUUACACGAUCUUGACGAGGGAGUCUUCCCUUGGAUCACCACAGGAGCAUGUGAUAACUUUAAAUGCGCAGCGAUUGUGAACCGCAAGCUGCUCAAGAGAUGCAGCGAAUGUAUCGCGACUUUUUACUGUUCAACCGAGUGCCAACGCGCAGAUUGGGUUGAGGGACAUCGUCACGAGUGUCCCACUUUCGCUGAAUUCCGCCCCACGUCGGUCUGUCCUCCGAUCAACGCAGGGUCGCUUGCCAGACAUGGCUUUGAUAUAAUACGGCGGCGGCCAUUCACGGCCCAAGAUAGCCGAUUUCAACGUGCCAUGCUCUCCGCCCAAUAUGAGGGCUUGGAGUCACAGGCGUUGAUGUGGAUAACGAUGCUGGAAGGCUACGACGCAGCCACGGGUGACUUCCCCAUCGCUAUCUGGGACUAUAGCUCGGGGAAGCCGGAAAUCCACACGAUUUCCCAGCAGGUCCUCGCCGAGGAGUGGUCAGUGUACCUAGCCCGUGUCAAGAGAAGUGCAGGAAGGGUGCAGCUUCAUCUCGUGCGGCGUGAUGAGGGCGGCAUUUAUCUUUCACGUGCGGUUUUCGUGCAUUUUGCGACAACGGAGCUGUUCGACGGUAUGAAAACGUUGGCAGAGGGGAAGGCGUCUGCGUGGACGGAGGCGGAGAAGGCCAGACUACAACCGAGGGUGAAAGAGCUGCUCCUCAAGAAGCAUAACUGGACCUUCUAG